CGCUGAACUUCCUGCUCUUUGUUCGGCAGCCGAGCAGCCUGCAGCCAUGGCCUUGGCCAGAGAUGCCAAGCUGGAAUCGGACACCUUUCAGGUGCUUCAGGAUGUGGCCAAUCGCCUGCGAAUCCACUCAAUCAGGGCCACGUGUGCCUGCAGCUCCGGACAUCCCACGUCGUGCUGUAGUGUUGCAGAGAUCAUGGCUGUGCUCUUCUUCCAUACCAUGAGGUACAAACAGGCAGACCCAGAACACCCAGACAACGACCGCUUUGUCCUCUCCAAGGGCCAUGCCGCGCCCAUCCUCUAUGCGGUUUGGGUGGAGGUGGGCCAUAUCUGUGAAUCGGACUUGCUGAACUUGCGAAAAAUUCACUGCGACCUGGAGGGUCAUCCCACCCCACGACUGUCGUUUGUUGAUGUGGCAACAGGGUCCCUUGGGCAAGGAUUGGGUGCUGCCUGUGGAAUGGCUUACACCGGCAAGUACUUUGACAAGGCCAGCUACCGCGUGUUCUGCCUCAUGGGGGAUGGUGAGUCCUCGGAAGGCUCUGUCUGGGAGGCCUUGGCCUUUGCUUCCCACUACAACUUGGACAAUCUCGUGGCAAUCUUUGACGUGAACCGCUUGGGACAAAGCGGCACAGCACCCCUAGAGCACUGUACAGCAGUUUAUGAGAAGCGUUGCCAAGCGUUUGGGUGGAAUACUUACGUGGUGGAUGGUCAUGAUGUUGAAGCUCUCUGCCAGGCCUUUGGGAAAGCAGCUCAAGUCAAGAACAAACCUACUGCCCUGAUUGCCAAGACCUUCAAGGGUAGAGGUAUUCCAAAUGUCGAGGAUGCGGAAAAUUGGCAUGGAAAGCCUAUGCCAAAAGACAGAGCUGAUGGGAUUGUCAAAUUAAUUGAGAAUCGGAUACAGACAAACCGAAAUCUCACACCGAAACCCCCCAUUGAAGACUCGCCCAGGAUCAGCAUGUCCAAUACAAAAAUGACCUCUCUGCCUGUCUACAAACUGGGAGACAUGAUAGCUACUCGUGAAGCAUACGGCUUGGCUCUGGCUAAAUUGGGACAAUCUAACCAAAGAGUUAUCGUUCUAGAUGGCGACACAAAAAACUCUACCUUUUCAGAAGUGUUCAAGAAAGAGCACCCUGAGCGUUUCAUAGAGUGCUUUAUUGCUGAGCAAAACAUGGUAAGUGUGGCCCUGGGGUGUGCCACACGAGGACGAACUAUUGCUUUUGUUAGUACCUUCGCUGCCUUCCUGACCCGAGCCUUUGAUCAGAUCCGAAUGGGAGCCAUCUCUCAAACCAACAUCAACUUCGUUGGUUCCCACUGCGGGGUGUCUGUUGGAGAAGAUGGACCUUCCCAGAUGGCCCUGGAGGACCUAGCCAUGUUCAGAAGCAUCCCCAACUGCACUAUUUUCUAUCCAAGUGAUGCUGUCUCUACAGAACACGCUGUUUUUCUGGCAGCCAACAUGAAGGGAAUGUGCUUCAUCCGUACCACCCGGCCAAAAACAGCAGUUAUUUAUACAGCUGAAGAAAACUUUGUGAUUGGACAGGCCAAGGUGAUCCGCCAGAGUGCAGUUGACAAGGUGACAGUUAUUGGAGCAGGGGUUACUCUGCAUGAAGCCUUAGUAGCUGCUGACGAGCUUUCUCAACAAGGGAUUUUUAUUCGUGUCAUUGACCUGUUCACUAUCAAACCUCUGGAUGCUGUCACCAUUAUCCAAAGUGCCAAAGCCACAGGUGGCCAGAUCAUUACUGUGGAAGAUCACUACCGAGAAGGUGGCAUUGGCGAAGCUGUGUGUGCAGCCAUCUCUAGAGAGCCAGACAUCAUCGUUCGUCAACUUGCAGUAACAGAAGUACCUCGAAGCGGGAAACCUAUCGAGCUACUGGAUAUGUUUGGAAUCAGUGCCAGACACAUUAUAGCAGCUGUGAAAGAUACCGUAAUGAAAUGAAAUGGCCCAGGUCUUCAUACAUCAAGGGUUGGAAUUCUUGUACAAUGUUGAACAGAAG